AUGCGUCCAACAGCCAUAUUUGCGGAUGGAUUGAUUCGCUUCCAGUUGUCUAAUCAGAAUUGUCAUCAACAGGGCUGGGUGAUCAGUUUGGGUCCGAGAACGGAGAAUAUUUGGAUCAAUGAACUUUUAGACGAAGCAGGAGAAGAGGCCAUGUUCGCCGCUGAAUCUGUCCAUUCCAUGCCCGCACGUGAAGAUCAAAGUGUAUCCGAUGUGGAAAAACAGUCACGCGACUUGCUAAGUCCCGAAUCCUGUCAAGGUCGCGCGGAGAUCGGCACGAUUCAACACAAUUAUUCUAACGGGAAACCGUUUUUGCUACGGUUCACAGACCAGACGGAUAUUAUUUUGUAUCCUUUUCCAUUCUGA